UAAUAUGGAGUGGAGCAAGUAAUUUCCGUAAACUGGCGUAAUUGCGCCGCCAGAGCAGUGACAAAUAUUCGAUUUGAGUUUUGUGUGUUUUAAGUAGACAAAACAUCUGCAGACUGCAGUUGUCAUCGAAGAUUAUAAUCAAAUAAAAUGGUAGGACCAAUUCGUCCACAAUUUGUGCUUUUUGGUUCAUCAAUUGUACAGUUCAGCUAUAGUCAUCAAGGAUGGGGUGCUACCCUCGCUGACCUUUAUUCUCGCAAGGCAGAUAUACUGCUGCGUGGAUAUGCAGGUUGGAAUUCAAGGUGCGCUCUUCAAGUCUUGGAUGAAGUGUUCCCCAAGGAUGCAGCUGUACAGCCCUCUCUGGUCAUAGUUUAUUUCGGAGGGAAUGACUCGUUGGAGCCUCACCCGAGUGGCCUAACUGCUCAUGUUCCUCUUCCUGAAUAUGUAGAAAAUAUGAAGAAAAUUGCAAUUCACCUUAAGAGCCUCUCUGAGAAGACUCGGAUAAUCUUUCUCACUGCUCCUGCUGUGAAUGAGGCACAAAUCACUCAAGUAUUCGGUAACGGUCUUGGUCGAUCAAAUGGGUCGUGUCGGAAAUACUCAGAAGCUUGCGUACAGUUGUGCAAAGAGUUAGGCGUGAAGGUAAUAGAUCUAUGGACAGCACUUCAGCAGAGGGAUGAUUGGUUGACUGCUUGCUUUACGGAUGGAAUACAUUUAUCAUCUGAAGGGAGCGAAAUUGUGGUCAAGGAAAUCUUAAAAGUAAUCAAAGAGGCAGAGUGGGAACCGACCCUGCAUUGGAGCUCGUUGCCUACUGAGUUCCCUGAAAUCUCUCCGUAUAUCUUUGUUGAUCCCAAGGGUGAGACCGCUGUUAAAAUUUCGGAGAUGGUUCAUGAAUGGCAGACUCCGUGGCAGUAAUUCAUUGUAGGUUUGACAGAUAUAGGUUUCUACGCUAUUGAAUAAGUGGACUCCACCCUUUGAGUUGAGCAUUGAAUUGACUCUUCUUCGAUAGCUUUCAUACUUAUGACUUGGAUUAUAUGUUUCGUGGCACACAAGAAAUCGUUCUAUCAAGAAAACAUCCCGAAAGAAAAUUCCGUUGUUAGUGAA